AUGUUUGAAAGUUUAUUUUCUCCGAUCCCAUUUCUGAUUUCAAAAUGGCACAAUUUAACAUACACCAUCCCAACUGUUGAGAAAUUUCAAGAUGCGAUAACUUUUUUCAAUUAUUUUGAAUUGUCAAUCAUGCCGAUCUCUUUGAUUAUUUUUAUCUAUUUUAUUUUUGUCCUGAAUUCAAUUUCACUUUUCCAUCGGAAUAUUUCGAUUUUAUUGCAUUAUUCGUUAUUUUGGAUUGUUGUUGGUUUCAUUUCAAGGUUUUAUAUACUUUUUGUGCGAAUUCGAAUUGUUGGAAUUGAUGAGGAUUUGUUGUUUGUAGCGAGUUUUUUGAGAUUGCAAUGUUAUGGUAAUAUUUUGACGGUUCAAUCGAUGGUUGUUGUUGAAAGGUUUGUAGAUCUUGAGAUCUAGAGAUCUGAGUUAUGACGUGGCAAAGUUCGAGAGACUCAAUUUUCAUUCAACGUUUUCAGGACAAUGAUAACUUUUUGAUCCAAUUGAAAAUGUUUUCAGUGGACCUAAAAAUGUCUGGAAGUGUAAUUUAGGCUGAAAUUUUGUGCUGGAAAAUCGAUUUUCAUAAGCAUUUUCAGCACAACAUUUCAGUUUACAAAAAGUUUCCUGACAUUUUUUCGGCUUUUGAAAUGGAUCAGAAAGUUCUAAGGGUUUCUAGGCUGAAAUUCUGUGCUAAACACGCUGAAAAUAGCUGGAAAAAUCAAUUUUCAGCUUUUUCAGCACAAAAUUUCAGUCUAGAACAAGUUUAUGAUUCAAAAUUUCCAAAAAAAAAAAAUUUUUUUUUUCAAAAAUUCUUUCCCGCCCAAAUCAAAAUUUUGAUUCGGGCGGGAAUUCAAAAAUUUUUUUUUUCAAAAAAAUUUUUUUUCAAGAAAAAAUUGUACUUCUCUGGACACUCUCAUCUCGAUCCUUUGAGAUGUAGUUUAGAAUAAUCCAGAACUGCAAGGUAUACUGUAGCCUCCAGAGAGUACUGUAGUUCUGAAUUCCAAACUGCAAGGUAUACUGUACAACCAGACUACUGCAAAAGGUACUGUAUUUCCAAAAUGAAAAUAUAGCCAUAGCAGAAGAACUGCAAAGAGUACUGUAGUCUCUCCGAACUGCAAGGGGUACUGUAGCUCGAAUAUUUGAAGCUUGAAAUUCUAAACUGCAAGAGAUACUGUAGUUUUGAACUACAAAACAAAGAACUCUAGAUUAUAAUGCGCAUCAGGUUAGAGAGUACGUAUUUCUGAGAGACGCAGAGAAAAUCUAUGUUUUCUCUGGACUCUCUGAUCUCUAAUGUCUAGUUCUAAUUCUUUGAGAUAACGUAACUCUGCUCAAAAUUAAGAUUUUUGAAAAAUCUCAAAGCCAUCUGAACCGCAAGAAGCUCUAGAAUGUGAAUUCCAGAUUUUUCGCCACCUAUUAUGUCUCAGAUUAUGAGAAAAACCAUCGAGUCUGGAUCAAUCUGAUAGUUCUACCAAUGUGUUUUCUCCUCUCCCAAUCCUACAGUCUUCUAUUAUUUUUCUAUCGUCCUCCAUUAAUUUUCCCCACAGCGUUUUGCAUUUUUAUGACGGUGAUCUCGUUUACGUUGCUGAAUAUUUUGAUGAUUUCAAAUUCGAGGAAACUUGUGAGACUGAAACUGAAUCCGAUUCUCUAUACGUUGAGCGAAAAAUUUCAGAUUGAGGAGAAUUUGAGGGUGAUGUGGGUGAGUUAUAGCGCGCCUUUCGAAUAUGACAAUUUUGGCGUGAGAAAAAAAAAGCCGGUUGGCCGAGUGGUUUGCUCUUUUGCUUUCUGUUCACGAAACCAGGGUUCGACCCCCAACCGGUGCACAAUUUUUUUUUUUUAAAUCCGAGCGGAGCGAGUGUAGACCGCAAGCUUCCGCGAAGCGGCACUGUCUUCCGCGCAGCGGUCAAGCCUUAACCUAAGCUUAAUCCAACCCAAGCCUGCGCUUGAGCUCUAAUGCCGCUGCGCGGAAGAUUGUGCCGCUUACGCGGAAGCUUGCGAAGAAAAUUAUUCGAGCGGAGCGAGUGUAGACCGCAAGCUUCCGCGAAGCGGCACUGUCUUCCGCGCAGCGGUCAAGCCUUAACCUAAGCUUAAUCCAACCCAAGCCUGCGCUUGAGCUCUAAUGCCGCUGCGCGGAAGAUAGUGCCGCUUACGCGGAAGCUUGCGGUCUCCUCUCGCUCCGCUCAAAAAAUCUUCAUCUUCCAGUAUCUCCGAGCAAUUUUAUGCUUCAUGAUUUGUCUCUGCGGAUUUCUGAGCAUCUUCCUAAUUUUCCCGCCGAUCCUUGGCUUUCAGGAGAUCUCAAUUCAAUCAGUCCUCAAAUUUCUAGACUUGGGAGUCGCGUUGUAAGAAUUUAAAAAAAAAUUUUCCAUCCAAAUUUUUUUGCAGAGCUUGUUUAUUGAUGCCGAUUGGAAUGUUUUGUGCACUGUAUCAUCUUCGACAUCCGGCUUUUCUUCGGAAAAUUCGAUUUGGGAAUAAAGUCAGGUCGAGAAGUUCGAUUCGGACAAUCAAUGAGACUGAUGUUUAUUUUGGGAAUUUGAAAAAAUCGUGGCUAUAA